GUUCGUUGCUCCAGUCAGGAUGGGGAGUGAGAGGAAAGCGCGUCAGUGGUAGCAGUGUGUAAAAACCGGUGUGAGGGGAGACAGGCGGACCAGAGGCUUGCGGGCUUGGCACUGAGGAACCUCCCAGCGGAACGGCGGCUCACCACUUUGUGCGGCUCCGGCUGCCCAUGGCUCAGCGCUGGGCGGCUGCUCUCCUGCUGUUUCUGACUGCUCAUCAAGGUUUACCUUUCCCUUUGAUUCAACCGAAGAAUGACAUACUGAUUAAGAGAAAGGGUGAUCGCAUCGAUCUUCAGUGUACAGACCACUCUAGCGUAAAAUGGGUAACUCCGUCAAGUGCAAAAAGAAACAUCAAUCACAACAGGGUCAAUAUAAUUUCAGCACAACCAAAGCAUACGGGCCGAUAUAUAUGCCAAAAUCCCGUCUCUUUUACAAACAGCUCCCUUUACAUAUUUGUGGAAGAUCCUAAGAAUUUGUUUGUAACUCCAUCACUGAAGCAGAAGUUCAUUGGCGGAAUAGAAGGAGGUGAGGCUGUCAUUCCUUGUCGAGUUACAACCCCUAAGAUUGAAAACUUGAGACUGGCGAAAGUUACCGGAGCAUCCAUCCCCAAAGACCUGUCCUACACUGCCAACAUUUACACUGGCAUAAGCAUCACUAACCUGAAGAGACAUUAUGAAGGGUAUUAUGUGUGCACCGCUGUAAGAAAUGGAAUCGUGAGAGAAUCAGACAAAUUUAAACUGCAGAUAAUACCAGUGCCCAAGAGCGUCCCAGAAAUCAAUGUGGAGAUAAGUAAAAAGUUGCUGAAGGAAGGAGAGAAAUUUCAGAUGGCGUGCAUAAUUAAAAAUGUCAACCAUGCAGUAAUUGUGAAUUGGACUCAUCCACAAAGUUCAGCAGCUAAAGUGACAAAGUCUUCCAACAACUUUCCCAGCUACUAUCAAACCAUACAAACAUUGAGAAUUGAUUCAGUGACAGUCAAUGAUACCGGACAUUUCACUUGUUUUGCAAGCAAUAGUUUUGGCUUGUCAAAUGCUUCAGCGUUUCUGCAGGUUGUAGCUGAAGGAUUUAUUAAGCUGUUACUUCCAGAGAGCACUGUGCUUCAUGUUAACAUUGGAAAAAACCUUGUGCUAAAAGUGGAGUUUGAUGCCUAUCCAGCUCCUGAUCAGCAAUACUGGAUUCUCAUGAAUGAGACGUUACUUAACACAUCGGACCAUUAUAUUAAAUCUGCAGAAGUUGGAAACAGAUACUCUAGUGAACUUCAUCUGGUUCGAGUGAAGGGAACAGAAGGUGGAAUUUAUACAUUUUUUGUUUCGAAUUCUGACUCCAACUCAACAGUUUCAUUUGAUGUCCACAUCAGUAGCAAACCAGAGAUAAUUAUUAUUGAAGAAUCCAAGCCAGGUAAAGUUCGAUGUGUAGCUGUAGGGUUUCCAGAGCCAAAAAUAAAGUGGCUUCACUGUCAUGGAUCACAGAAAAGGUGCUUGGACUCAACCACAAAAGUAACAGAGGAAUUGCAUCCAAUAAACACAAUAAUGCGUCAGCCUCGCUUUGGAAGGAUUGAAAUAGAAAGCACAAUUAAUACCAAUGAACUGAACAUCACAGUGGAAUGCCAGUCAUCCAACAGUGUUGGCGAUAGUCAUGCAACCUAUCAGAUAAAAGGAGGAAUGCCAAAGACCCAUCAUCUCUUUACACCACUAUUGACCCUGUUUGCAGCAGCAGCAGGUGUACUCUGCCUUAUCUUAGUGAUCCUGUUUUACAAGUAUCAACAGAAACCUAGGUACCAAAUUCAAUGGAAGGUCGUUGAGGGAAUUCAAGGGAAUAACUACACGUACAUUGACCCGACACAAUUACCGUACGAUGAUAAGUGGGAAUUUCCCCGGGAUAAGCUGCGUUUUGGUAAAACACUUGGUGCCGGAGCCUUUGGAAAGGUUGUGGAGGCUUCUGUUUAUGGAUUGACAAAAGCUGAUUCCAUUAUGACUGUUGCAGUAAAGAUGCUUAAACCAAGUGCCCACUCAACGGAGAAGGAAGCUCUGAUGUCAGAACUGAAAGUCUUGAGUCACCUAGGGCAGCACAUCAACAUCGUCAACCUGCUGGGAGCAUGCACUGUAGGAGGCCCAGUUCUGGUGAUCACUGAGUACUGCUGUUUUGGUGACCUUCUGAACUUUCUGAGGAGGAAACGAGAUUCAUUUGUUUGGCCAGAACAUAAAGAACAGGAUAUGGUGAAGACACAAUAUGAGAAUGUUCCACGUCUGAGGGACCCUGAGAGCAAUGGUUCUGGUUCUGGAUCAUAUAUGGAAAUGAAGCCAAGUUGCACAGCAUUGCCACAGAACCAUGUGGACAAAAGAAAAUCCCCAAGCAAGGAAUCAUACAGUGAUAAGGAAAACAACAAUGAUGUCGCUGAAGAGUAUAACUUGGCUUUGGAAAUUGAAGAUCUUCUCAUCUUUUCUUAUCAAGUUGCAAAGGGAAUGAACUUCCUUUCUUCUAAGAAUUGCAUUCACAGAGACUUGGCAGCAAGGAAUAUUCUUCUAACCAAUGGACAAAUUGCAAAAAUAUGCGAUUUUGGUCUGGCUCGAGAUAUCAGGAAUGAUUCCAACUAUGUGGUGAAAGGCAAUGCUCGUCUUCCUGUGAAAUGGAUGGCUCCAGAGAGUAUUUUUGACUGUGUGUACACAUUUGAGAGUGAUGUCUGGUCUUAUGGCAUUUUAUUAUGGGAAAUUUUCUCAUUAGGGAGCAGCCCUUAUCCUGGUAUUCCUGUGGACAAUAAGUUCUAUAAAAUGAUCAAGGAAGGGUACCGGAUGUUGAGUCCUGAACUUGCACCAACUGAAUUGUAUGAGAUCAUGAAGGCUUGCUGGGAUGCUGACGCUUUAAGAAGACCCACAUUUGAGCAAGUCGUGGAGAUGAUUGAAGAGCAGCUUUCAGAGCCCUCCAAACAUAAAUAUUCCAACUUGGAGUCAAAUUUUACCAUCAGACUGAAAUUCCCCAGCCACUCCUCACGUCUAAAUUCAGCUGGCAGCAGCAAUGCUUCUGACCAACCGCUGCUAAUGAAUGACGAUGUGUUCUUUGAAGAUGAAAACAAACACAUGCAAAAUUGAUUUUGAAUCAAAAUCCAAACUACUUACACCCUGCUGAAGCUAAUAUACAGACAAAUGACUGAAUGUAGAUUUUAUUAACAUUUAUAUAUGUUGAAAUCAUGUAUUUACUUGGAAACCGCUGUGCUGUAGUCCUGUGUGGCUAAGUUAUAUUGUCUGGUUUAGCAUACACUAGAGUGAUUGUUUGCUAUUGCUGCAAGAUUCUUUGAGAGUGUUUUUCUCACAUGUAAUGCUUCUAAUUUUGUAGAAAAUGCCAUUUCAAAUUUUUAUUUUUGAAUUAUAUACAAUUGUGUCCAUCAUUUAUUUUGCUGUAAUGAAUAUUUGGAUAAAAGCAAGAUUGUGUUGAUUUAGCUAAUUUAUCUGUUAAAUCGUAAAUGAAGAUACUGAAUUUAUAGAAAGCGCUAGGCAACCAACUAGGUUUUUAAGAUGGAAGGAUAUGUAGCAUCAAUGGAAAGGCAGAAUUGUCUCUUUUAAAAGCCUACCUUUUAUUUUCUGGUUUAUGCAAUUUUUUAAUGUUCUAACAUGUUCUAUUACUGAGUUGAUUCCAGAACAAUUAAAUGCCUCAGUUCACUACUCAGUCUAACCAUGUGGGUGAGAACAGAGUGGACUAAUAUGUUAUUAAUAUGAUCUUCACUGUCAGUGUUUAUUGACAUUAUUAUAAUUACACAAUCAUAUGUAAAAAGCAAAACAGAGAUUUCAAGAUUCUACAGUUGAUUACAGGUGUACAUUCUAUUUUAGCUAAAUUUUUUGGCUCCAGUACUGCAGUGACUGACCCUAAUACCAAAUCGGAAAUCUUACAUUAAUACAGUAAUUCAGAGAAAUGGCAAACAAACUGCAAAUGCAAAACUCAGAAUGUCAGAUAUUCUCCAACUUGUUUCAUCUCUUGCCUUGAUAAGCACCACACUCAUACACAAAUCUCUACAGACACAAAGUUACAGUUUUACUGAGUAACAUUUAAGGCAUUUUUUUUAUCAGCGUGCAUAAGAAAGGGGAAAUAAACUAUUAUCAUUAAUAAGGAAGGAUAAUAUUGCUACCGUAUUGUCCAAUCAUAGAGUCAUAGGGUCAUAGAGAUAUGCAGCAUGGAAACAGACCCUUCGGUCCAACCCGUCCAUUCCGAACAGAUAUCCCAACCCAAUCUAGUCCCACCUGCCAGCACCCGGCCCAUAUCCCUCCAAACCCUUCCUAUUCAUAUACCCAUCCAAAUGCCUCUUAGGUGUUGCAAUUGUACCAGCCUCCACUACAUCCUCUGGCAACUCAUUCCAUACAUAUACCACCCUCUGCGUGCAAAAGUUGCCCUUUAGGUCUCUUUUAUAUCUUUACCCUCUCACCCUAAACCUAUGCCCUCUAGUUCUGGACUCCCCGACCUCAGGGAAAAAACUUUGCCUAUUUAUCCUAUCCAUGCCCUUCAUGACUUUAUAAACCUCUAUAAUGUCAUCCCUCAGCCUCCAACUCUCCAGGGAAAACAGCCCCAGCCUGUUCAGCGUCUCCCUAUAGCUCAAAUCCUCCAACCCUGGCAACAUCCUUGUAAAUCUUUUCUGAACCCUUUCAAGUUAAGUUGAACAUGAUCUCAGAGAGUGAAAUAGGAAUAGUCAAUGAGUGCUUUGCAACUUGAGAUUGAAAUAUUUUGCCUUCUUAAUUUAUAGUUUUGAUAAAACUGCGCUACAUUCUGAAAUAAAUGAGGAAUUCCUCUUCCAAGUGUGUAGCCACAUAUUAAUGUUAUCUACUGGCGUAUGUUGUCAAGGUUGACAAGAGGUGAGAGUGAACAAUGGUACAAAUCUUGUCAAGAGGAUAAGUUAACAUAGAUGUUGUUUCACACCAUUAUCAGUCAAAAUUGCAUAACAUGUUUGUUGAUACCUACUGAAGGUAUUUGCAAGCUUACAGAAGUUGAACCAUAAGGCGCCUUUUCAUUUUUUUUUUGUAUGUACAGUGACAAAGGCUAAUUGUCUUCAAUUAAGUUGUUACAGUUUAAGGAAGUUAGCUUCAAAUUCCAUCUAGCAGUUUUGCUUUACUAAGCUUUGCACAAAAACUGCAACCAUACAAACUGGUAAGGCUUUGCUAGCUUAAGGGAAGAGUAAUUGCAAUAUGUGCAUGCAGUGGAAAACUAUUUCUGAAUAUGUAAUGCUAUUGUACUGAUUGCAUUUGCUUUAAGGCAUUGGUAAAUUAGUAAACAGCGUAUUUUGUUUGCCCAACAAUAUAGGUUGCGUCAACGAGUUGUAACCACAUUACAGAUCAUUGAACUCAUAUCUGAAUGUGCAUGUGUCAUAUGUCUGUCUUUGAAAGCAAAUAGCAAUUCAUCAAUCACCUUAAAAAUGAAAUAAUUUAUCUAAAAUAGUCAAAGAGAUUUAGUCAGUUUUUAUUAUUGCUAUUGAAAUUAAUGAGUGGAACAGACGACAGGGUUUAUUCACCCUAAUGCCCAAUGUAACAAAUGAGAACCCAAAAGACAAAAUUCCUUACCUGGAAUGUAUAUUCAUAAGUUACAUCCUAUACUUUUAAGGCACAAUCUUAGUGUGAAUUACUAAAUUAUGGGUAUGAUUGUAGAACAUAUGUACGAUGUAUGCUUAUAUUUACAAUUUAUUGGACGAGUCAAAUAGUGAUUCAUUCUGAUUUUAAAGAUGCAGGCCCUCCUGACAAAAUGUUGCUUUUAAAUGUGGAUCAUUGAUUUAUAAAUACCUUUGGAACAAAGAUUGGCCUAGAAAUUUGGAUGUGUCAAUCAAUGUGCCUUAAUGAUGAAGCCUGAGGUAAACCCAUUAUUAACCUAAUGAGGCAAUUUCUAUGGAGCCAGUAAGCUACAGAAAACUGUCUGAUGUAACUAAAGAGUAGGUUGCUGCUGUGAUCUUCUGGUUCUGAAGAAGAAUAACAGGAACAAGUAAGAAGAAAUCUUACAUGAUUAACUUAGUUUUUCUCUCAACAGGCCUGUAGAGUUUCUCUAGCACUUUCUGUUUUCAAUCAGAUCGCUAACAUCUGCUGUAUUUGCUUUUAUUUGGGGUUUAUUCUACAUUUUUAUUGCAUACGUGUCCAGAAAAAUAACUUAUAUGUGAUGAAUCUAAUUUUAUUUCUUUUUAAACCUUUAAUAAAUGGGGCUGUUGCAAGAUUUAAGAGUUUUCAGGUCACUUAUUUUUCUAGAACUGGCAGUAAUUGUUUUUUUGGGGAAAUUCUAGGACAGAUGUACCAUUCCAGAGUGUUGCAGGAAGUCAGUGACAUCUUAAAAUAAUAUUCUGUAAGGAUCCAGCAUCUUUAAUACUGCAGUGAUGCUAUACUGUUCAUUUUAUUAUACUAUUUAUGAAAAUUAAGUAUCUUGUAUAAUUCUGCACUUAUGAUCUUUCUCCUUUCAGGUCCUUUUUACAAGUUCCUACUUGUGUUUCAAUAUUUGUGUAUGUGAUGAUAAUAUUUUAGACUACAGUUUAUUAGAAAAUAUCCAGAUUUAUAGCUUAGAACAUAUGUUAGGUAAACUAUUGCUGAGUGGAAUUCAAAUAGGAGUGUAUUAAUAGGUUUCAGAAUCAAUGUUUGCACAGGGCACUCUUGUUAACGUUAACACAUUUGUAUAAACGUGUGGGCUCAUUAUUUUAAUGAUGUUUAAAUUCUUUGCUGAAUAACAGACAAAAAAAGACUGUUGAAUAUCAAGUGGAUUUGUGUAGUAACAUCCUUCAAGCCACAGUUUUUAGAUGGAUUAUUUGAGGAAGAACUGAAAAAUAUGAGGGAAGCUAUCUGAAAUAAAUGAUGUUUGCUACAUAUUAUGAAAUAUAUUUUGGGCACUGGUACAAAGCAGGCAAUAAUAAAUCAUCUAUUUUGCAUUUCCCCUGACUUUCAUUUCCACUGAUGCUGCUGAUCCAUGAACAUGUUUCAUUGUAUCUUCCCUCCUGUGACCUGAUUACAUUACAAUUAGUCCAAUAUGACAACUGCUGUGUUUGGAUAUUUACAUUAACAUUUUUACCAGGACAGUGUUAUAGAACUUCCAUUAAGAGUUCUGUCUGAAACUUGCAUGUUAUUAAAAAUGAAUUUUCAUCAACCAACCUACAAAUUAACGAAAUAAAUCAAACUUUUUCAAUGUUUGCCAGGAACUGGCUGAUCAGUGGUUGCCAGCAAAUGGAUUUCACUUUAUCAUUUGCUUUCGUUUUUAAAUUGGCACAGGUACUGAUCUGUUGACAGCCAAGUUGUGGUUGUAUACAGUUUAUUAUGGAAUGGUGCCAGGAAAAAUGUGGAGUUAACUUAUCAGAAUCUCCGCUGCCCAGCUCAGUAGCCCUGGACAUCUGUGCAGUCAAUUCGUGGUCUUGCCCACUCAUAUAUUCUUUUAAGAUAGCCUGUCUAGUCCAAUACUGUCAAAAUAAUAAGUUCACUGCUGCUCUGUGAUGGGUGAUCAGAUGGAGAAUAUUGCUUGCAUUUAUUGCCAAUAAUAAAUCUGGCCACUGAUUCCACCUGCUUCCUAGUAAAUGUAAAAUAUUAUUAACAGCAAAGAAGUGUGGAUGAUUCAAUGGCAAAGGAAGAUAUGCCUCUGAUGGAUUAAUUGACCUUUGCAUUUUUAAUACUUAUACAGCUACUGUAUGGUUAUUCAUGAUAGAAUUUGGCAUAUUGUUUUUUACAGAAAUGUUUAAAUAAAGAAUACAGUUAUUGUGAAAGAA